AUGUUUGGAUCUUUAUUAAUAUUAUUAAUACUACCUUAUGUAGAUUUAUCUAGAAUUAGAGGAAAUCAAUUUAGACCAGCUAUGAAAUUAUUUUUCUGGUUCUUUGUUGUAAACUUUGUAAUAUUAAUGUGGAUCGGUUCUCAACACCCUAAUAGUCCUUAUGUAGAAAUAGGUCAAGUUGCAACUGCAUUCUACUUUGUUUGGUUUAUAGUUAUAGUUCCUUUAUUAGGUUUAUCUGAAAAUUCUUUAAUGGAUAUAGCUACAAAAUAA